AUUGCGGUCAUAGGUGAUGAUAAAAAAUAACCGCCCUCUACCCCUUUGGCUAGCAAAAGAGAGCCACUUCAUCUAUUCGCGUUGUUCCACUGUGAGUACAUCGCUACAUGCCGAAUGGUGAUACGUCGGUAUCAUUCCGCUCCAUUGUGGAUUCCAUCAUGCAUGCGUGGUUGCGUGACUCAUUUUGAGGCGUUUUAAACGGCAUGGAAAUUUUGUGGGAAAGCUUUUCGCUUCGCCGACUCUCCCGUUUUGCUCAGGGCGUGCCAUUUUGAUGCCCAAUUUGUUGGCUCGCUCGAAAAGGGUGCCAAGUUGCAAAGUCCCCGUUUGGCGUCACCGGGACGGGGGUUGCCGCUCAAUAGCUGCCGCGCGAGCAUGCACAAGAAUGAAGACAUCGGGGGGAAGGGCCCCCCGGCGAACGAGGAGCGAAUGGGGAGAAACCACCUGAUCUUGGUGGUGGAUGUAAAUUUCAUGAUCUGGUACGAAGGAGUGAAAAUUAAAUUCGACAAGAACAACGUAAAAACGUUGAGGCUACCGGAGUUUCUAAAAUCUACAUUUCAUUUCGUACGCUUCUAUUGCCUAAUGAGCAACUCAGAAAGAAUAUGCAUCAUAGCUACAUCGCUACGAAGCUGUAAAAUUCUGUACGAAAAUUACGUGUCCUAUGCAAAGAAUAAUUUGACCGAAAGAGAUUACUGUGAGGAGGCAUACAACAAGCUAAUCGAAUUUAUUAAUGAAAAUAAAACAGAAAAAAUGAUGGAAAGUAGCCUGUCAUCAGCAUUGGCAGUGGCUUUAUGUUACAAUCACAGAAUCGUUAAUAUGUACGAGAAUAUGAAAGGCAGGAUCUUCCUGCUAGACAUCUCCAAUCAGAUCUAUGUGUACACAAAUCAGUACACACAAUUAAUGAACAUAGCAUAUAAUGCCAAAAGGAAUGACAUCAUAAUUGAUGUUUUUUCCCUUAACUACAAAAUAAAGUUAUUGGAACAAAUUUGUAACAUUACAAAUGGCCUUUAUAUUGAUAGCAGCAUUUUUUUUAACGUAAAUUGUACAGAUAAUAUUGAGGAUGUGCUUACGCAGACGAUGAUUUUUUGGUUCCUUCCGUCUAAUAGUACAAGGAAAUAUUUUUCCAAUACGUACCUAAAUGACGAUACUAAUAUUGCUGUUUGCUCUUGCCAUAAUAAGCAGGUGGAUAUUGCUUAUAUCUGCUCGUGCUGUUUGGCUAUUUACUGUUCUGAGAAGGAUGAUAAAACGAAUAAGGAUAGAACUUCUUGCUUUGUUUGUAAGACUCGGUUUACAAAGGCGCUUUUACGCAACAAAAUUGUGUCCGACUUGGACUUUUCUUCCAUUUG